AUGGCCAACUACCUCGCCUCAAUCUUCGGCACCGAACAGGACAAAGUUAAUUGCUCCUUCUACUACAAAAUCGGCGCCUGUCGCCACGGCGAUCGCUGCUCGCGCAAACACGUCAAGCCCUCCUACUCGCAGACCAUCCUCAUGCCGAACAUGUACCAGAACCCGGCCUACGAUCCCAAGAGCACGAUGAACCCCAUGCAAAUGCAGAACCACUUCGACGCCUUCUACGAGGAUAUUUGGUGCGAGAUGUGCAAGUACGGCGAGCUCGAGGAGCUGGUCGUCUGCGACAACAACAACGACCAUCUCAUCGGAAACGUCUACGCCCGAUUCAAGUACGAAGAAGACGCCCAGAUCGCAUGCGACGCUCUGAACUCCCGCUGGUACGCCGCGCGCCCGAUUUACUGCGAGCUGUCACCCGUUACGGAUUUUCGCGAGGCUUGUUGUCGACUGAAUAGUGGCGAAGGAUGUGUGCGUGGUGGAUUCUGCAACUUCAUUCAUCGGAAGGAUCCCAGCGAGGAUCUGGACCGCGAGCUGCGACUGAGCACCAAGAAGUGGCUGAAGGAGCGCGGCCGCGAUCCCCGCAGCGUGUCUCGCAGCCCUAGCCCUGAGCCUACCCGCCGCUUUUAG